GUCUCCUACGUGGAACUCUACGUUUCACGGACUUGCCCUCCUCGGACAAGUUAAUAAAUAUCCCUCCAUCUGAUGUCACUGAAGCAGUCUCCGUGUGGUUUUCGUAGAGCGUAGUAUUUUGCAGCUCGUAAAAAUGAGUGAUCAUACCGUUGUAAUUGUCUCGGCUGUCAGGACACCCAUAGGAUCAUUCCGUGGGAGCUUGUCUAGCUUGAAAGGAUCAGAAAUGGGAAGUAUUGUUAUUAAGGAAAGUCUUAUAAGAGCUGGAUUAAAAGGAGAAGAAGUUUCCGAGGUCAUCAUGGGCCAGGUCCUUUCUACAGGGGAAGGUCAAAAUCCUGCAAGACAAGCAGCAGUCAAUGCUGGCAUACCUAUACCAGUUCCUGCUUAUCAAAUAAAUAUGUUGUGUGGCUCUGGUCUAAGGUCUGUAAUAAAUGGUUAUUCUUCUAUAAAAUCAGGAGAAAGUGAUAUCGUUGUAGCUGGUGGUCAAGAAAACAUGAGCAAAGCACCACAUGCCAUUUAUCUCAGGACUGGUGUAGACUUUGGGAAUUGUAAUUUAGUUGAUACAUUAUUAAAUGAUGGCUUAACAGAUGUCUUCUAUAACAUGCAUAUGGCAAUCACAGCUGAAAAUAUUGUUGAAAAAUAUGCAAUAAGUAGACUGGCACAGGAUGGCUAUGCGAGUAAAUCACAGCAGAGGGCAGAGAUAGCUAUUAAUGCUGGAUAUUUUGAUAAAGAAAUUGUUCCAGUAACUAUUACAGAUAAAAAAGGAUCUAUCGUUGUAUCUAAGGAUGAAUUCCCGAAAUUUGGAACAACUGUGGAGAAGCUUGCAAAAUUAAAGCCAACAUUUAAAGCGAAUGGUACAAUUACUGCUGGCAAUGCAUCUGGUGUAAAUGAUGGUGCAGCUGCUGUAAUUAUCAUGUCUCAAGAAGUUGCUGCAAGUAAAGGAAUUUCACCAUUAGCUAAAAUUGUUGCAGUAGCACAAGUUGGAGUUGACCCUAAAAUUAUGGGUAUUGGUCCUGUUGAAGCUGUUAAAUUAGUCUUGAAGAAAGCAAAUUGGUCAAAAGAGGAAGUAGAUUUUUAUGAGUUAAACGAGGCCUUUGCAGCACAAGCAAUUGCAUGUGUUCAAGAACUUGGAUUGGAUCCCGAGAAAGUGAAUGUAAAUGGCGGUGCUAUUGCUCUAGGUCAUCCUCUCGCCAUGUCUGGAACAAGAACAUUAGUCACCUUGUUACACAUUUUAGAAAGAACUGGAAAGAAAAAGGGUGUCGUAUCAUUGUGCAUUGGAGGAGGAAUGGGUAUUGCUAUGGCUGUUGAAAGAAUAUAAGUAG